GGUGCGAAAUUGCUCGGAGCAUCUUGCCGGAAUCGGACUGUACGGAGUAGCUGAAUCCCCACGAUUUGAAGAAUGUUGGACCGAAACCAAACGAUGUAAAAAAAUCGGUUUCGGUUUAAUUAAACCGAAACCGCCGGUUGGGCAUGUUUUCACAUACUAUAAGUUAUGAAACAUAAAUCACUGCCCUAGGUGAGGGGAGAAGCGGAGCUCGAUUCCUCCACUCAGUCACUCUCUUCAUUCGAUUAGGUGAUAGAAGCUGAGCUUGAUUCGUCCCCCACCGCUUGUUGCCCUUAGCUGCCCGUUCCUAUCCCCUUGUUCCAUCCCGCCCCUUACUCUAUCUAAAUCGGACCGGAGAUGGAGUACGUCAACCCAGAAGGUCUUCGCUUGGAUGGUCGCCGUCCAAUGGAGAUGAGGCAGCUUCGGGCAGAAAUAGGCGUUGUUUCAAAAGCUGACGGCUCAGCGUUAUUUGAAAUCGGAAACACUAAAGUCAUUGCGGCAGUUUACGGUCCUCAAGAGGUCCAAAACAGGAGUCAGCAACUUAACGACCAGGCAUUGGUGAGAUGCGAAUAUAGCAUGGCAAAUUUUAGCACUGGAGAUCGUCAUAGAAGACAGAAAGGUGACAGGCGAUCCACAGAGAUAUCUCUGGUAAUUCGGCAGACAAUGGAAGCCUGCAUAUUGACACACCUGAUGCCUCGUUCUCAGAUAGAUAUUUUUGUUCAAGUUCUUCAAGCAGAUGGUGGGACAAGAUCAGCAUGCAUAAAUGCAGCAACGUUGGCCCUCGCUGAUGCUGGUAUUCCAAUGCGCGAUCUAGUUACCUCAUGUGCUGCUGGAUACUUGAAUGGAACUCCUUUGCUUGAUCUAAACUAUGUUGAAGAUAGUGCUGGUGGCCCUGAUGUCACGGUUGGGAUUCUGCCUAAAUUAGAUAAAGUGACACUACUUCAGAUGGAUGCUAAAUUACAGUUGGAUACUUUUGAGAAUGUGAUGCAAUUAGCAAUAGAAGGCUGCAAAGCGGUGGCAAGUUACAUUAAGGAAAUACUAUUGGAGAACACCAAGCAAUUGGAGUCUCGCCGGGGAGUAUGAUUACAUUGCGGUAUGGUUAAUUGGAUAAUUCUCCAAUACUUCAAUACUAGCAUUAGAGGACUCUAGCAGAUCAUUGAUGAACAGGGGGACACCGAAUAUUUUGUUCUUCAUUAGCCCAUGUAAACACUUGAUAUACAUCUCGUUUUUUUCCCAUUUUAAUCUGAACUUCGAUACAAAUUUGAAGGACA